AGCAGUCAAAAGGCGGCCACGCGUACCAGGCAGGGUGCUAGCACCAAGUUGUGAUAGCGCUGCACACUCUCAGCAGCGCAAUCCAUCCGUGCGACUCCUAGCAUUGCAGGAGCCAGCAGCCACUACUGCUAGAGUGCAGCAAUAUGCGGCGCCUCUACCGACCCCUGCUCGCGGCAGCCUCGUCGUCGCGGUGCCAUGUCGUCUCGAUGGCGUCGGCAGCCAGUACGGCCGGCAUCAUCGCGUCGGGCGUCGCCGCGCCGCUCGCCGCGCUGUACGUAGGGCAGCGCAGCGUGAUCUACCCGCGACCACCGGUCUACGACGAUGCGAAGGCCUACGGAGGCGAGCAUGCCGAAAUCGUGCGCGCCGACGGCGUCGUGGGCCUGUUCGUGCCCCCGCCAAAGGCCGACGAGCAGAUCGUCGCUCUCUAUUUCCACGGCAACGCGGAUCAAAUAACCUGGGGCGGCGCGAUGAUAGGCCAAGCGCUGCGUUCGCGGGGCAUCGGCACGUUCGCCGCGGAAUAUCCGGGGUAUGGCCUCGCCGACGGCGACCCGACCGAGGCGUCGAUCACGCAAGCCGCGGAGGCGGCGCUGCGGGCCGUCAAGGAACUUCGGCCCGAGGCGAAGAUCGCGCUCGUCGGCCAGUCGAUCGGCUGCGCGCCGGCGCUCGCCGUGGCCGCGGCGCAUGGCCUGCCCGUCGUUUUGAUCUCGCCCUUCACGAGCCUCGCGGCCAUGGCGUCGACGCUGUUGCCAUUCUUGCCACAGCGAGCUCUCCGGUUUCUUGUCAAGGAUAAAUUUGACAACGCCGCCCUGGCACCGAGCGUGUCGUCUCCCGUACUCGUGCUGCACGGCACUAAGGAUGAGAUCGUGCCGUUCACGAUGGGGAAAGCGAUGUCCGAGGCGCUCGCCGACGCGACCUUCGUUCCUCUGGAGAAGGCGGGUCACAACGACGUUCUGAGCCCGCCACAUGACCAAGUAGUCUUUGAUGCCAUCGAACGGUUCGCUCGCGGCCACUGCGGGGGCGGCUCGGACGUCGAGCACUACCGAGACGUCAUGACCAUGCUCCAGACCCGCUGGGCGGGACUCACGGCGGAAGCCAAGACUAAAAUGGCGGCCGUGAACGAAGACGCGACGCAACGCGAGGAGAGCAUGGCCGAGUUCAUGGCUACGUGGAGCGCCCACGCUGUCGACGGAAAGCUCACGCGAGACGGUUUCGUCGCCUUUAAUCGACGGCACCUCCAAAACAUCAAAGCGCGCCUCGGCUGGGCGCCGGACCUGACGACAGACGACUCCGAAAUGAUCUGGGAGGCGAUCCACGCCCUGAACCCGGACGACGGCGGCAUCGGCAUGGCUGACUACGGCCGGUAUCACACUGUGAUGAAACUGUAUAUCAACUAAUGUUAAUUUUAAACAAU